AUGCGAAGUGUCGGGAGCGAGAUUCGCGGAGACGAUGCGUUGAUGGCACAAGACGCGCGGUCGGCGGCGCGGUCGAGCGCGGAGUGGCGGCGCGCGGCGAGGCGCGGCGGCUCGGAGGAGCGCGACACGGCGCCAUCUAGCGGCGGGAGGCCGCGCCCCGCCCCGCCGCCCGCCGCGCCGCGCGCCUCGCUCGCCCACCGACCGAGAAGCGGCCGCACUUUACAGGACUCGACAAAAACACCUAAUAUAACGCUUUCUUCGGAGCCGAGCUUCGCGCUUGUAUCUCUACGACUCUACAACUCUAUUUUUUCUACCAACACUGUCGGU